UCAGUUGGCUGACUGGAGCACUGCCUGACUAAGAGACUGAGUGGCCGUAACUCCCAGAUUCCGCGUCCGACCAAGAAGUUACAAAAAAAUAACAAAAGAAAAAGAAAACCUCGGCGCGUGUUUGGUAUAAAAAAGAAAAAGGUUUUCUUCUAAGCUGAAAACCAGAUAUUACGGCUCCAGGAUAUUAUAUAUUAGUGCUUCACUGUUUUUAUCAAUCGUCGAAUAUUGCCCUAAUCCAUAGAUGUGACUUCUGUGAUAGAAAUCGCGCGAAUUUCGCCAAACUUUCCUCCGCAUCAUCAGGCGAAAAGAAACAUAAACUACCGACCGUUCCGGGGUCAGGAUGCGCCGCUUGAAUGAUUGACCGUCUUCAGAUUCGUCGCUUGGGUGCAGCUGCUAGAAACAAACGUGCAGGAGGCGGUGGAGUAGGAGUAGGAGGUGUAGGUGGUGGAGGAGCAGUAUCAGGAGGAGCAGGGGCGGUACCGGGAGCGGCUGGAACGGUCUUGGGAUCGGGAGCGGCUACAGGAUCGUUAACGAUCGCUGGAGCGGCCCCUGUUAGCGGACCAAGCGGCACUAGCGUUAGUGGUGGUCACCACCACCAUCAUUCGCAUCCGUAUUCCACUAGCGGCAUCAACACGCCGGCGACGGCCAGCACCAGUUCCUCCAGCGGCAACAGCUUGACGCCGCAGCAGCAGCAACAGCAUCAGCACCACCAGCCCCACCACGGGCACCACUACAAUCACCAUCAACAGCAUCCUCAUACGCACCACCAUCCACCGCAUUCCCACCACCAUCCGCAUCCGCACGGCCAUACCCAUCCGCAUCCACACCUGCGCCACUCGCAACCGGCGUCCGCCAGCCAGUUCAGCUUUAAUCCAUCGCCGGGUAGCAGUCCUGGCAACGGACUGGGACUGGGCGCUCGCCAGGAUGCGGCCAGUGCGCUCAACAGUCCGACGACCAUUGUGAACUCCGGAAGCGGCAGCGGCGGCGGCAGCAGCGUCGCCUUCGGAAUGCAGCCGCAACAGCAACAGCAGCAGUCCUUGGCCGGCGGAGGAGGUGGUGGCUCGUCCACGACGGCGGCUCCAUCCACUGGCGGUGGCCAUAAUAAUGGAGCCGGAUUGGGAUCUGCGGUUGGUGGCGGAGGUGGUCUCAAUCUGCUUGGAGGACUGGGCGGUAUGGGUGGCAUGGCCGGAAUGGGCGGCGGAGCAGCUGCCGCUGGAAUGGGCAUAUGUGGUGGCAUUAGCAGCACAGUGGGCAGUGCCGCCAUCACUGGAGUACCGCCCAUUGGACUGGGCAUUGCAACUGGAAUUGGCAAUAAGAUAAUGCUUGGCCGGAAGCAGAGUCUCAAGGGCGGCGAACCCUUCUUGGCGGACUAUGGACCAGAGGAAUCACUCAACGAAAGCGCCGACAUCGAGUGGGUUAAUAAGCUGUGGGUACGCCGCCUAAUGCGUCUCUGUGCCCUUGUCUCGUUAACCUCCGUAUCGCUAAACACGCCCAAGACCUUCGAGCGGUAUCCAUCAUUGCAGUUCAUCACCUUUGCCUCGGACACGGCUGUAACGUUACUCUUCACCGCCGAGAUGAUCGCCAAGAUGCAUAUCCGGGGUGUACUGCAUGGAGAGGUGCCUUAUCUGAAAGAUCAUUGGUGCCAGUUUGAUGCUUCCAUGGUUAGCUUCUUGUGGAUCUCGAUAAUUCUACAGAUCUUCGAGGUGCUCGAGAUAGUUCCAAAAUUUUCUUAUUUGUCCAUUAUGAGAGCCCCUAGACCAUUGAUCAUGAUACGCUUCCUACGCGUCUUCCUUAAAUUUAGUAUGCCAAAGAGUCGUAUCAACCAGAUCUUCAAACGUUCGAGCCAGCAAAUCUACAAUGUGACAUUGUUCUUCCUGUUUUUCAUGUCCUUGUAUGGCUUACUCGGUGUUCAGUUCUUUGGCGAACUAAAAAAUCACUGUGUAAUGAAUAAUACGGAAUACGAUCUAUAUAGAAGACCAGUUCUCACGAUCAAUUCACUGGCCAUUCCCGAUACUUUCUGUUCAAUGGAUCCCGACUCCGGCUAUCAGUGUUCGCCGGGUAUGGUGUGCAUGAAAAUGGAUUUCCUUAGCAGCUAUGUGAUCGGUUUUAAUGGAUUCGAGGACAUUGCAACGAGCAUUUUUACUGUAUACCAAGCAGCCUCACAAGAAGGUUGGGUAUUCAUCAUGUACCGGGCAAUCGAUUCGCUUCCAGCAUGGCGAGCAGCCUUCUACUUUAGUACCAUGAUCUUCUUCUUGGCAUGGCUGGUGAAGAAUGUGUUCAUUGCUGUGAUCACGGAGACCUUCAACGAGAUUCGUGUGCAGUUCCAACAGAUGUGGGGUGCCCGUGGGCAUAUCCAAAAGACAGCCGCCUCGCAGAUCCUUAGUGGCAAUGAUUCCGGCUGGAGAUUGGUGACCAUCGAUGAUAACAAGCACGGCGGUCUGGCACCGGAAACGUGUCAUGCAAUACUGCGAUCACCAUAUUUUCGGAUGCUCGUGAUGAGUGUUAUUUUGGCCAAUGGCAUUGUCACGGCCACCAUGACCUUUAAGCACGAUGGACGACCAAGGGACGUGUUCUACGAAAGGUAUUACUACAUCGAGCUGGUCUUCACCUGCCUACUUGAUCUGGAGACACUCUUCAAGAUCUACUGCCUGGGCUGGCGGGGUUAUUACAAGCACUCCAUUCACAAAUUCGAACUGCUCUUGGCGGCUGGGACCACCCUGCAUAUCGUACCGAUGUUCUAUCCGUCGGGCCUAACCUAUUUCCAGGUGCUACGAGUAGUGCGACUUAUAAAGGCCUCACCGAUGCUGGAGGGAUUCGUCUACAAGAUCUUCGGACCGGGAAAGAAACUCGGAUCACUGAUUAUCUUCACCAUGUGCCUGCUGAUCAUCAGCUCGAGCAUCUCGAUGCAAUUGUUUUGUUUCCUCUGUGACUUUACCAAGUUCGAGUCCUUCCCGGAGGCCUUCAUGAGCAUGUUCCAGAUUCUCACGCAGGAGGCGUGGGUAGAAGUUAUGGACGAGACAAUGAUCCGGACCAGCAAGACCCUAACACCACUGGUGGCUGUAUAUUUUAUCCUCUACCAUCUGUUCGUCACACUCAUCGUGCUCAGUCUUUUCGUGGCGGUGAUCUUGGAUAAUUUGGAACUAGACGAGGACAUUAAAAAGCUCAAGCAGCUGAAGUUCCGCGAACAGAGUGCCGAGAUCAAGGAGACACUGCCCUUCCGGUUGCGCAUCUUUGAAAAGUUUCCCGAUUCGCCACAGAUGACCAUAUUGCAUCGCAUUCCCAAUGAUUUUAUGCUGCCCAAGGUGCGUGAAAGCUUCAUGAAACACUUUGUCAUCGAGCUGGAAACGGAGGACUCGCUGGUCGAGAACUGCAAGCGGCCGAUGUCCGAGUGCUGGGAGUCCAAUGUGGUCUUUCGCAAGCAGAAACCCGUGCGGAUUAUGAAUAAGACGGCCAAAGUAAGGGCCGCGGGCAGUAGUCUCCGCAAAUUGGCCAUCACGCAUAUCAUCAAUGACAGCAACAACCAGCGACUGAUGCUGGGCGACUCGGCCAUGUUGCCCGUGGUUGGGACAAAAGGCGGCGGUGGAUUGAAGUCCCAGGGUACUAUUACCCAUUCGAAACCGUGGCGCGUUGACCAAAAGAAGUUUGGCUCCCGCUCCAUUCGUCGCAGCGUGCGUUCCGGUUCCAUCAAGCUGAAGCAGACGUACGAGCAUCUGAUGGAGAAUGGUGACAUUGCCGCUGCUCCGCGAGCUAAUUCUGGACGGGCAAGACCACACGAUUUGGAUAUCAAGUUGCUGCAGGCCAAGCGUCAGCAGGCGGAAAUGCGACGCAAUCAGCGGGAGGAAGAUUUGCGUGAAAAUCAUCCGUUCUUCGAUACACCACUGUUUCUGGUGCCGCGCGAGAGUCGCUUCAGGAAGAUUUGCCAGAAGAUUGUUCAUGCACGCUAUGAUGCCCGUCUCAAGGAUCCGCUGACUGGCAAGGAACGCAAGGUCCAGUACAAAAGUCUGCAUAACUUCCUUGGACUAGUCACGUAUCUGGAUUGGGUUAUGAUAUUCGCUACCACGCUCUCAUGCAUCUCGAUGAUGUUCGAGACACCCAAUUACCGGGUGAUGGAUCAUCCGACGCUGCAGAUCGCCGAGUACGGGUUCGUUAUUUUCAUGAGCCUUGAGCUGGCAUUGAAGAUUUUGGCCGAUGGCCUAUUCUUUACGCCGAAGGCUUAUAUCAAGGACGUGGCCGCCGCCCUGGAUGUAUUCAUCUAUGUGGUGUCCACCUCAUUCUUGUGCUGGAUGCCCCUGAAUAUACCAACCAACUCGGCGGCCCAGCUCCUGAUGAUCCUGCGUUGCGUGCGACCUUUGCGAAUCUUCACAUUGGUGCCGCAUAUGAGAAAGGUGGUCUACGAAUUGUGCCGUGGCUUCAAGGAGAUCCUGCUCGUAUCCACAUUGCUCAUCCUCCUGAUGUUCAUCUUCGCCAGCUAUGGUGUCCAAUUGUAUGGUGGCCGUUUGGCCCGAUGCAAUGAUCCGACAAUCUCGAGACGCGAGGAUUGUGUUGGUGUGUUUAUGCGACGUGUUUUUGUUACGAAAAUGAAGUUGACUCCGGGUCCGGAUGAGUCCUAUCCGGCAAUGCUGGUGCCACGUGUGUGGGCCAAUCCGAGGCGGUUUAAUUUCGAUAACAUUGGAGAUGCCAUGCUGACACUUUUUGAGGUCUUGUCCUUUAAGGGCUGGUUGGAUGUGCGUGAUGUCUUGAUCAAGGCUGUGGGUCCGGUCCAUGCCGUCUAUAUCCACAUCUACAUUUUCUUGGGCUGCAUGAUCGGUUUGACGUUGUUCGUGGGCGUGGUCAUUGCCAAUUAUUCGGAAAACAAGGGCACAGCUCUGUUGACCGUUGACCAGAGGCGUUGGUGUGAUCUUAAAAAGCGACUGAAGAUCGCCCAGCCACUACAUCUGCCACCCAGACCUGAUGGUCGAAAGAUUCGGGCCUUCACCUACGACAUCACCCAGCACAUCAUCUUCAAGAGGGUCAUCGCAGUGGUGGUUCUUAUCAACAGUAUGCUGCUCUCCAUCACGUGGAUCAAGGGAGAGGUGCAUACGGAACGCCUGGUGAUCGUCAGUGCGGUAUUGACCUUUGUCUUUGUGGUUGAGGUGGUGAUGAAGAACAUUGCCUUUACACCGCGCGGCUAUUGGCAAUCUAGGCGCAAUCGCUAUGACCUUCUCGUCACCGUUGCCGGUGUCAUUUGGAUAAUAUUGCAGACCAUUCUGCGGAAUGAUCUGUCCUACUUCUUCGGCUUCAUGGUGGUCAUCCUGCGCUUCUUCACCAUCACCGGCAAGCACACCACACUGAAGAUGCUCAUGUUGACCGUGGGCGUGUCUGUAUGCAAGUCCUUCUUCAUUAUCUUUGGCAUGUUUCUGCUAGUCUUCUUCUAUGCGCUGGCCGGGACGAUUCUCUUCGGCACCGUCAAAUAUGGCGAGGGCAUCGGUCGCCGGGCCAAUUUCGGUUCACCCGUCACCGGAGUGGCUAUGCUCUUUCGGAUCGUUACCGGCGAGGAUUGGAAUAAGAUCAUGCACGACUGUAUGGUCCAGCCGCCUUACUGCACCCUCGGGAACAACUACUGGGAAACGGACUGCGGCAACUUCACCGCCAGCCUCAUCUAUUUCUGCACCUUCUACGUGAUAAUCACAUAUAUUGUGCUCAACUUACUUGUGGCUAUUAUCAUGGAGAACUUUUCCCUCUUCUACUCCAACGAAGAGGAUGCCCUGCUUUCGUAUGCGGAUAUACGUAACUUCCAGAACACUUGGAACAUUGUGGAUAUCCAUCAGCGAGGAGUGAUUCCAGUCCGUCGAGUGAAAUUUAUUCUGCGUCUGCUAAAAGGACGACUCGAGUGCGAUCCACAAAAGGAUCGCCUUCUAUUCAAGUACAUGUGCUAUGAGCUGGACAAGCUGCACAAUGGCGAGGAUGUGACAUUCCACGAUGUCAUCAACAUGCUGAGCUAUCGUUCCGUGGACAUACGGAAGGCGCUGCAGCUGGAGGAGCUGUUGGCACGCGAGGAGUUCGAGUACCUGGUUGAGGAGGAGGUGGCCAAGAUGACUAUUCGCACCUGGCUGGAGGGGUGCCUUAAAAAGAUUCGGGCACAAAAUGCUAGUAAGCAACAAAACUCGCUGAUCGCCGGCCUUCGUGCCACAAACGAGCAACCGGUGAUGCGACCCAAUGUUCAGGAAGACAAGGCACCAUUAGGUGCGGCUGACAAGUCGGCGAUCAGUACGAUUAGUGGGGCAGUUGCCGGUGCCUGUCCGCCCACCAGUGAUGCCUUCUCGCCGACCUUCAGUUCAACGGAGAACGAGGAGAAGGACGGCAGCAGCAGUGCAGUGGUGCCUUUGCCUCACUCAGAGCCAUCUAUUACGGGAACAGGAAGUUCAGCGGCUGUAACGGGUUUGGGAACAGGGCCACCACCAGUCCAAUCCACCGCACGCCAUGUGAUGGCGGUGGGCAAGCGAGGUUAUGCCCUCAAUCGAUCGGAUUCAACGGGUAGUUCGGCUGGACGGAAAUUCCUGGCGCCCACGUCCAGUGACCCUCAGCAGCGUUCGACGUUGAGCGAUAAGGAGCGAUUGCACAUCAGCAGUCAGCAGCGGAAGAAGAACUCGAUGACCACACUGCCACAUGCCGGUCAACUGGGACAGUUGGCCAAGCAACGUGGUGGUGGCGAGGCCAGCAAAUCCUCCAGUUUCUUUGCCCAGCUUAACAGUGAGGUUGGCCAGUUCCAUUAUCCGACAAUAAACGCUUCAGCCGCCGCAGCUGCCUUGCAUGGCUAUGGACAUGGACAUGGUCACGGUCAUGGGCAUGGCCACGGGCAUGGAGAACACCAGCAGCAUCAUCAUCAUGCCGGCGCCCUGGGCAGUCCGUCGGCCAUGAUGAGCCAAAUGAUUGGAGGUAGUGGGAAAUUGCUGCCGUUCAAUAAUCAGGCAAAUGCCGUCUACGAAGUACAUGACUGGUGGCAGGAACAGGUCCUUUGUCCACAGACCAGCGAUGACGAGAUCUAGCAAUGGCCCAAAGCUCGACGUAGAUGCCCCAAAAACGUAAGCCGGAAAUUUCGUAGAGGUGGUGGAGCCUAUUAAACAUUAUCAUCAACUAGUGGCCUAGAACUUUUUUGUAUAUGCCUAAUAAGUGUAAAUGUAUUGGCCUCAAACUUAACGGUUAACAAUUCUUAACGAGUAUAUAAAUAUAUAUAUAUAUAUAUAUAUAUAUACAUAUAUAUACUUAUAUAUAUAUAUCUAUAUAUAUAUAUAAAGAUAUAUAGCUAUAGUUAUAGUAAAAAUGAAAGAAAAAGUUAAGGGCAACCAUUAGUUUUACGUUUUGUUGUUGUUUGCGUGCUAGAUGGUAAAUAUGAUCAGUCAGUCGGUAACUUUGUUAUAGCUUAAAUAUAUAAAGAAAUAUAUAUUAUAUAUAUGUAUAAUGAGUACAUCGCAUAUGGAUUGCAUAUGUCUUACGUAUAGUGCAAAUUUAUAAGCGCGCUGCCUCACCAUCAAAAUAAAACCAAAACAAAUAAAAAAAAAAAAAAAACAC